GUGAUGAGUGACAAUGAAAAACAAAGUGUCACUGCUUUACAAAUAAAAAUACAUGCAAAGUCAUUUAAACUAAAUUUGGCCAAUCAUAUAUCACUAAUGUUUGGUUGAAAAGAUCAGAUUUUCUUAUGCAACUGUUUCUGAGAUACUGCCAUUUUGGUGAAAGCUCUUGAAUUCAAUCACAAAUUCGCCAUAUUACUUGCGCCUUAGGCGGGUAGAAACAUUGUAACAGCUUGCCGCUUAAUGAGUUAACCAAAAGGAAAUGUUUACAAUUAGCAAUUUUUAGCUAUAAAUUAAGCAUACAAAGCAAGACGACAACUAGUAGCCAUAGAUUGGAAUUACCAUCUUGGCCUUCCACAAAUGAAAGCACAGUCAGGUGAGGAUAUGGUGACAGGGAAAUAUAACCAGAGAAUCAGGCAAUGGGAUAUUAAAAAAAUCAAAUGUUUGAAAGGGUAUGACUACAUCCGAGUGUUACUAUCCAAAAUGCUAAGAAGAGCUUUUGAUUCGAUGGCGUUACACAAGCAGUUGAUCUGAACAAGAGUGAUCCAGCACUUGUUUCCCCGACCAUUGCUCACAUCCCACCACCAUCCACAAAGGAAAUUGCUGCCCGAAGAAGCAGAUUUGAAAAAUAAACAAUUUCUAAAUGGCAUUAAGAUUGAAUAACAGUUUAAAUUAACCCAUUGAGCUGCAAUGUGGGCAGUGUGUCCUACUUAUUUUUUUUAGUUGCCUAAUGCCAGACAAUUUUACACGUCAAUAGAGAACCUCUGCAGCUUAAUGGUCAACCAAAAAAUCUGACAAUGACUCUAAUUAUUUAACCCAUUGAGCCCAGUGUGCCCUACUUAUUUUUUUUUACUUGUCUAACACUAGGCUUUUUUACUUGUCUAAUGCCAGACGAUUUUACUUGUCAAUGGGGAAGCUCUGCAGCUUAAUGGAUUAAAUAUAAUAAAUCUUUAUGUGCUAUGUGUGCUAGUAUGUUCAAAAAAUGUUACUAGUGUUCCUUAUACCCCAUAAAAAUUCCAGUACUAUUGCCCACAUACCACCACCAUCUACAAAGUAAAUUGUUGAGAGGAGCAGCAGAUUCGUCAAAGAAUAGUCAGAUACCAGUUCAUUGCCUUUUUAUACUGUACAUAUAUCAGCUGUUAUUGCACUUACAAAUAUAUUUAGAUAUAUGCUACAAAAUGAAGUUAUACAAAAAUAUCAGUGUUCCCUAAACCCAUAUAAAUUCCAGUGACAGAUGGAAAACGUUCCCUUAUUUUUAAUACAACACAUGAAGGGCAGACCAGUCUGUUCCUCUUACCCAGAUGACCAUGGCAUGCAAGAAUGAAUUGCCUGUAAGCAGCUUUUUGGAAAGCCCUCAUGCUAUUGUCCUUGUGGUCAUUUCUUAUGUCCGCUCUAUUUCUGAUACAUAACGCCAGAACAUCAGGAUCAAGACACAACUUGGUGAAAUGUGAAGUGUUAUGCAUUUUUUAAUUUGCAGCACUUGUUUUCGACUUCCUGGGGCAUUGGUCUACAUCUGCCACUAACACACCAAUCUGGUGUACUAUUAUUUGUGGACUCCUCUGUGGGUUCCCUGGAUGAGCCUUACUCAGGUGGGUUAUUGUUGUCAUCCCCUGUCAUUGAUGAUUUGCCAAACUCACUAAGAUCACCAUCCUCCUGAUCCUCAUCCAAAUCAUCUUCCAUAAUUAAUAAUGUAUCAAUGUACUCCAUGCUACCAAUGCCUCUCCGCAAACAUCGAAUGGCAAGCUUUCGCACCAAUGCUUCGUCCAAUCUACCAAUAAAAUCAUGUAAAUGAUUAAAGUGUUUAUGAAAUUAAAUUUUGCCCCUAUUUUUAAUUCCAUCACUUCAGAGUAUGUUCAAAAUAGUGACAAAUGGCUUUUUCAGUUUAUUCAUAUCAUAUUAGACUUUCUCCUAUUUGCUGCCAUCUCAAACGCAACCAGUGAUAUCAUAAUUAACAAAUAUAAAACAUUUCCCGUGUUGAUAUACAGUUAUAUCAACACGAGUGGAAAUUGGGAAAAUGAGAAAUUGUUGAGUUUUCACAAUUUCCACGAGUGUUGAUAUAACCAUAUAUCAAUACGAAAAAAUGUUUUAUAUUUGUUUAUAAUGGUGAUUGUUAGAAAGUAUGCUUCAAAAUAAGGUUUCAGUUUUAUACUAACCUUAACCCUAACCUAACACCACCCCAAACUAACCCUAACUUAUUUUAAAAAUUGAUAUAAAAACGGAAACCUUAUUUUGAAGUAUACUAUCUAGCAAUUGCCGUUUUAAAAUAUAGCACAAAGAAAUGUAAAGAAAGAAAUGUAAAGAAAUAAAUUUUCCGACGUUUCCGUGUUGACAUAUAUCAGCACAGCUCUUAGCCAAUCAGAGUUCAGAAUUUACAAAUGCUACCGGGUGUCCCAAAAAAAAUAACUCUGAAGCGAGUGAAGCUAUUACACUCAAAUAUAUUUUAUUAGAUAGAUGAAGGGCUAACUUAGAUUUUGAUAUAUUACAGUUGUAUAUUUAUAAAAAAACUGACCGAGAUAUUAAUGUUAAAAUUUGAUAGUAUAUUUCUGGAUGUGUCAAAAAUUUGCGAAAAACGGCUUAUCAACCAGUUUAAUUUGUAAACUAAUAUUUGAUGUAACCAGUUUAAUUCAUUCAAUACACGUAUAGACAAGCUGUUGUGAUUGCAAGAGUUCAUGCAGUACUAAACGAAAGGCAAGUGGCUUAGCAAGAAAGGCUUAUCAAAUAUUAACCAAGUGCUGCUCAACUUAAAGAUGUAUUAUUAUGAGUAAAUUGGUGAAACUUCAUAAAAUGUUUAUUAGUACUUCAAACACUCAUUAAUAAUUCAUAAGCUUAUUGGCAAAUCAUGUCAACUAUAAUAUGUCACGUGCAGUGGCUUUAAACCUGAUAAAACUAAUCAUGUCAACUAUAAUAUGUCACGUGCAGUGGCUUUAAACCUGAUAAAACUCUCCUAAUUAGUAUUCUUUAUAUAAGGAAUACUGAAUAAGGCAGUAUCUAUUGUUGUCGUGUCCUCAUUAGUAUUCUUUAUAUAAAGAAUACUAAUAAGGCAGUAUCUAUUGUUGUCGUGUCCUCAUUAGUAUUCUUUAUAUAAAGAAUACUAAUAAGGCGGUAUAUAUAUUGCAUUUGUAUAGUCGUGUUUGAAGCCGUUUAAUAAACUCGCCGUUUAUUAAACAGUACUUAAACCAUAAUACAGUACUUAAACCAUAUUCAUCCUAUUCAAACUUAGAAACAGUCAACUUUGUUUUGUUCAUUUGUGACUACUCAAAAUAUGAAUAGGCCAUUCAAGAAAAUGUAUUACUCCUUAACCUGUUUUUGGGUAUUUAAAAAAUCGAUCAAAAACAUGCAUAAAUUCAAAUGUUAGUAUCUCAGUAAAUAAUGUGCGAAAAUUUACAUCUAAUAUAUCAAAAUCUAAGAAAGCAUUUCCUGUUUUUAACGAAAGUUAUUUGAUUCUAAUUGCUUCACUCGCUUUGAAAUUAUUAAUAAUCAAACCGGAGUACUUUUUUUUUGGGACACCCGGUAUAAUAUGAAUAAACUGUAACUGCCAUUCUUUCUUAUUUUAUAAAUUUAUAUAGUUAUAUAAGAUAACAGAGUAAAAUAAUAAAGUAGGGUGCAAUGCGACUCAAUGGGUUAACUAGACAAAUGGAAAAAAAACUAUAAACUUUUCUUACUUCUGUUAUUCUGUAUAAUUGCUAUGUAAAGGCCAAAGAUGCCUAAUUCUUGCUCUGCUUACAAAUGUAAAGAAAGAUACAAAAAGGAGGAAAAAGAGAAUGCGGAAGUUCAGCAGUCGUUUUUCAGGUGAGUCGGAAAGUCAAAACAACGGUUUCCACUUUAGCGCUUCCGGCGCUUAUGUUCUGCAUAAGUUAAUACUACAUAAACAAUUGCAGAAACAAGUUUACAUUUAAAGGAUAUUUUUAAUAGUAUCAAUGUUUUAUGGAGUUUUUUUUUACGAAUAAACAUUCUUCAUAUUUUUUACUUACUGUUAUAGUCACUGUCAUACAUAGAAAUACAUAUAAUAGUUGGCAGUGAACGAUACAGCAAAGAUUGAAGUAUUGAACUAUUUGGCUAUAAUAUGUUAUCGGUUCUGUAUGUUUAAAACAGAAUGGUUUCUUGGUUUAUAAUUUUUAACAGGUUUCCUUGUCAUAAUGAAGAAUUCUCUUGAGCGAAUGGGUUGCAGCUGUUGGGAGAAACAAUUGGUAUCCAUCAAAAACAUCAGUUCUCUGCAGAAACCAUUUCCUUGAAAAUGAUUUUGUGCUGGGUUCCUACUCAGACUGAGCAAACAGCACACAAAAUUCCAGCACGAAAACGGCUGUUUGCUAGUGAAAGCGACAUCAAUAUUAUAGCUCCUUUGGCUUCACUGGCGUCAUUUUUUUAUUCAAGUGGAGAGGUCCCUUCGUGUAAAGUUUUCAAGCCUGCCAUGUCGCCCUCCACAAAAAUAAAAAAAUUACAGCUACUUGUGAAGAAAAAGAACAAAAAAAUUAAGCAACUCCAACGAAAAUAAAAUAAAAAAUCUUAUCAAUAAUUCAUAAUUGUAAGUGCAAAGUUUAAUAUUUGACACAAAAGAUACAGUUUAUUUAAUUCCUACCUUUGCAAUCAUUAGGCAAUGCUCGCCAAUUUUCCUUCCCAAUACUUCUCUUACCCACCCGUUCACAAAGUUUUGAUAGCAAUCCAAAUUUUUAUAAUUUUUUAACUGCUCUUGGCUGUACGGGCUUUGCGAAAGCAGUAGCUACAUACCUACAUCCGUAUAAGUGACCAAAGGCGAAAUAUUAAUGUGGUCUUCCCACAGACUUUUUGGUAUUUCGGGUCUUCUCCAUUCGAGUAAGCGAAUUUCGCUACAUAUACCAUUCCUUACUUUGUGUACACUGAAUUGUCCCCGAGCCGACGGCACGAAGCGCUGUGCGAGGGUACUAAUUCCCCCUGGCUAUUUACACCGGGGAAAGGAAAGCAUUAGCCAAGUCUAAAGUUAAUCAAUGAGUGCGGGCGUCGGUCACCAACCGUGGGUGGUCAUCCUCAAUGAUCUCAAAAAUAUGGCUGUUUGCCAGGAGUGGGAUAAGCAAGAUUUCAAUUUUCAAAAGCACAUACCUGGAAAAUCAUGUUUCACACAGUGGGCUUUGAAGCAAUUUGUGUUUGAAGUGAGAAGAGUUGAUUUACUGUGGAAAAUCGUGGAAUAUAGGGCAAGUUUGCUUUGAAUGUUUAAUGUUUAUGAAUUUUGUUGCUUUAAUUUAUUGCGUAAAACAUGCACUGCUUUCCUUUUCAACGAAGCUGUAAUAAAGUCUGCUAAAUUACCCUGUUUAAUUUAAGAAUAAAAGGUAAAAUGUAAAGGAGCGCAAAUUCAUUUGAAAACCGAACUGAAAUUACUCAUUUUGUUAGAACUUAUUUUGUUUUAUAAACUAUAUAAGAACCCGUACAGUUUUAUAUCGGAAAAAGUUUAAUAUUAAAAUUAACAUUUCGAAACAUUUUACGAAGCGAUUCACGUUAAAUUUUACAUUAAAUCAAAGCUUACAAAAUGCAGAACAACAUACCUACAGUACAUAUUUCGGAAAUUCAUUGUUAUAUAGUUAAAAGCAAUAAUCUUUCAACUAUUUUUAGCAUGUUGUACAAAAAAUAUAAUAAAAAUUAAAUUUAUCGUGUUGCCAUGGCAACACUGACGUAAACACGACCCUGCGUUCAGUCACAGGUUCAGUGUUAAUCAAUUACUAAUACUUCAUGUUAAAUCAAUGUUUGGAAAAUACAUGCGAGGGGUUGCUGCAUGCAUGUAUUUCUAGAAUUGAAAUAUCCCAGCAGAAAACCUUUGUUUUUGUUUUUGGUAGCCAUAUUGGCCUUUGAACAAUUGCAUAGCAACUGUUGUUAGAGAGCAUCUGGAGGACACUCUAAGGAUUUGUGAUGUCAGUGCAAAGGGUCUAUACUACAGACAUUCUUUCUGCAUAUCACUGUAAGAUAAUGUAAAUGAGAAAGCAUCAGGGGCGGAGCACAUGUUGAAUUAAUACAGAAUGAGGUGUAUAUAAAUUGAGAAAGUACAGUUAUUAAAGUUUAUUGCAAACACUUUCCAGUGCUCCAGUGUGAAAAUUGAGUUGAAUACAAAACAUAGUCGCAUGUUCCAAUCAGAUCUUUAAAGACAUUAAUCCACCAGUUGCUCCAGUUUUUAUGCAAAAACGACCACCAGCACUCAAUAUGUUGGUUGAAGGUGAUGAACCAUAUCGAUGUGCCUUUUAUGCCAGCCAAUUCGUCCUGCCCAGUACUCCACAAUCACCCCCAAGGUGAGUCCAAUUUAGCACAUUUGUCAAAUAUCACAAGUAGUGUUGAUCAUUAAUUGCAUGACUUGCCCAUGUGAUUAUUUAUUUAUAUUAUGCUUCUUUAAAAUUCAACUUCAUUUUGUCAAGACUUUUUAAUUCUUUUGUAAGCAAUUUGGCAUAACACGAUGGUUGGUUGCUAUGCAGUUUCCUCCCGGAGUCAAAUUGCGAGUGUUGUUAGUUUCCGGUCUCCUAGCUGUGAUUGUUGGCGCUGUUAAAAUACCCCAUCUAUUUAUUUUAAAACAUUUUUGAAACAAUACUUGCCCAAUUAAUACUUCCUUGAACAGUUCAGAGAUAUUGCAGCACAAAUUAGUCACAGGAGAAAUGCAAAGCGGUAAAUAAUGGUGUUAUUAUGGGCAUGUAUGUUUGUAUUCCGGUCGAAGGAUAUCAUGCCCACAUGGACAAAUUCUACCGUCUAGGGGUCCCACAGCACCACACGUGUAUGCCCUACAAUCUCCCUUUGAAAUCCCCCCCCCCCCUGGAUUUAUAGCAUUGCCAGAAUUGUUAGCAGAAAUAGCUGAAAAUUCCGCAUUUUUCCUUGUAUUUUUCAAACGUAAAUUUGGAGACACUUCCCAAAUAAAAGUUGAAGAAUAUCAUUUACUGAAGAACUUCUAAUGGCUUGCAGUAACGAAGAAAGGCGAGGACAAAGUAUCCUUCGGCAAAAUCAUUUGCAUUUAUUAGCAUAUUCGUGACUCGCCAUAUUGUUGCUUCACCACUCGCUGUGUUUUAUUUUAGCUCAAAAGUAUUUUGCUCUAAAACCAAAUUGUGUGACCGAAAUAAAGGUCAUCCUGGAACAUGCAACAAGAAGGGACAACCACAAAACUGAUUGGGAAGAUUCUCCAUAUUUUAAACUCAGAGAAAACCAAGGCGACUUGACACACAAGUCACCCGAAGUGAAUACGAAAGAAGCGGAAGUCAAAAUUUCGCAGGAAAAUCUGGCUAAACAACGCGAAGAGUUGGAUUUACAUGAGAUAUCCGUUCAAGAAAGAGUCAAUGAUGCCAGUAAGUAUUAUAAAAUUUUGAUAUGCAACUUUUUAUGCCAAUACAUUGAAUAUUUAUGCUUGCCCUUUUGUACUGUACCAACUAUCAAGACCAAGUAUUUAUAGUAACUUUAAGUCAGACUCAGCUGGGACUAUAUAUAUAUAUAUAUAACUACAGAUGGUACCGUUUCGGCCUUAUGGGCCUCAUCAGUGUAGUGCUGAUGAGCAGGAUGAAAGUAACUGCUAUUUACAGUUACCUUUGAUGCCUCACGAUUGUGGGACAUCAAAACCAUGCCAGGGCGCUCAAACUGCAAGCAGUGAGCGUGCGCAAUGCGUAAGCGGCAUGGCUCUUCCUGUAGAGCGCUCAAUAUGACCUAAAGGCCAUAAAGCGUAAUCUAACUACUACGGAUGAUAUUAUAAAACAGAUGGAAUAUUAGAUUUAGUAUUGGAACCCAGUUUAAAUUUGCACAUAGUAUAUAUAGUCAUCAAACUUUAUACUACAGUAAUUGUGUAGUGGAGUGUAUAUGAUAUUCUUUAUUGCUGGAGUCUAUAUAUUUUUUAUUGUUGCAAUGCUUGUUAAAAUACUAACAAAAUUCCUCAACUAUUAAGUCUAUAAGGUGCUGUUUAUAUGGGACCCCGUUCAGUGAGACGGCCCGGUGAGCAGGAUUAAUUUAGCCUGUGUGUAUCUGAGAAAAGUCAUCCUGCUUGCCGGUACAAUUUUGUUCUAAUUAUAGUUGUUUUGAAUGGUGGCAACCGGGCUAGCCCGCUUGUGUGUGUUUAUAUGAGGAAAAACUCAUCUCGGUAAGAGAGAUCUCAGCUGUUGCAAGCAAGAUACACACCUGUAGGAAUUUUUACUAUACAUUCUAGUACAAGACGGGAUCUUUCUUUGAAGCCUGUUACCUGUCCUGUAUAAACAGCAUAAAUUGUAAAGGCAUAAAUUGUUGUUUUUGUGUUUUAGUGUUGCUAUUGUGUCCAGCUAACCAAUUAUACCGGGCUGCAUUUUACCUUUGAGAAGUAAAAUUGUCUGCCAUUAGCCGAGAUAAAUUCAAUAUACAUGCACGACACAGCAAAUUAUAUCUGGAGCUCCUAAUUUAUCAGCAAGUAUCAAGAUCAUAUUUAUAAAUUGGGGGUUUUGUUAUUUUUGUCGGUCUGUCUCUAGUCAUGCAUAUAUAGCAUACUUAAUUAUAUAAAUCCAAUUAAGUUCAUGGAUUUAAAUUUUUACACACAGUGCAUGCAUGUAAAAUGAAAUAAUUAGUUCCAUAAUUUUAAUUUAGAUGAUGAUUUAAAUGCAUCUAUCGAACAACGAGAGGAAGUUGAUGGAGAAGUUGCUGAAAUUGAGCAACACUUGCAGAAUAUUUCACAGGAAUAUGCAAAAUUAAAAACCUUAAUGGACCAGAAAGGGUAUUCUCGUACACACAGACAAAAUACCAAAACUACCAUUGAUAUGAUCAGUGACCGUUGUUCCAGUGCCUGGUACAGAUGACGACAAGAGACCAAGAAUGUACGUGAAUACAUCCAUGGUGGCGAGGUUGCAGCAGUACUUGGAGCUUGGGAUUUUGUAACAGCCCAUGCAGACAAAGAACUUAUUGAUGGCUUGAUUAGUAAGUAUAAAAGGGGGAAAUACUUACAAGGGGUAAUCAACAAAGCCAUGAACAAUCAUAAGCAGUCCAAGGAUUCCCUAAAUCAAGCAUUUGCUUUUAAGUACCAGAAUUUUUUGUCUCGACGUAAAUUUAAUUUAAUAUGUAAAACACAGUCUUCUGUGUUUGAUCGUGAUGAUGAAGUAUGGUUACCAUGAAAUAUGAAGUGCUUAGGGGUAGAUGUUGAGUUGUCGCUUAGUCGAGUGUCUGAUGACAAAAUUGAUAAAUUUGUAAAAUCAUUAGAUGUAGGUAGUAUUAGUCAAAUUCCAAAUGCACCUGGGGUCACUAGGACCAUCACUGGCCUUGUUUGUAUUCAUGAUUAUUGAUUUGCAUUUAUGAUUGCCACAUCUUUUUCGGCGACUUAUUUGGUUCAAUGAAAAUACCAAUCAUUUCAUUUUCCAGUUUUCUGAUGAUGGUGCCCCUGAAACAAUGUCAAUAGCCAGUAUAACUGUUUUUGUUUGUGGAAACACCAUGUAAAUUUAUUACUGCAAAGCUUUCGAUCCGUAAGCCCGGAUCUUCAUCAGUGCUAAUAAUAUGUGACUUGUUUAAUUCACACGCUCUUUUUUUUUCUUUCUUUAUAAAAAGAGCAUGUGAAUUAAACAAGUCACAUAUUAUUAGCACUGAUGAAGAUCCGGGCUUACGGAUCGAAAGCUUUGCAGUAAUAAAUUUACGCGGUGUUUCCACAAACAAAAACAAUUAUAUUUUAUCGCCAUGCAAACAUUCAAAGAACUUAUUAUGCAGUAUAACAUUGUGGAAUUUUGGGGAAAGGGUUAGAAGUAGGGAAUUUCAGUACCUACUUCAUUGUGUCAGCCUUGGCGAAAAGCAUGCAAUGCUUGAGCUUCUUUGGAGACAACAUACUGAUGAGAUGCAGCUACUUGAGUCCAGUGUUUUCACAGUUUGUGGGAAGGACUGCACAGUUGAGUUUCAGCCAAGUGCUGACAUGAGCUGGCAAAGUUGGCCUGCAAUGAACUGAACCAGGCAGCUACACACCCUUGUCCCUAUGCAAAUGUGCACAAAAAUAAUAUGUGUAUUCUAGGUGGCACAAUUGGUCUCGAUCACAAUGAUACUUGGACACCGUACACAAACGACCUGCGUGCUCAGCAUACAAAGAAGGUAAAUGUUCUUAUUAGUUCUCUAGCUACUAAUAUUAAAAGCAGUACUCCUCAUGAGAAAAUGCUUGCUUUUUUGGCUGAAAAUGGCUAGAAUUGGGGUGUUUGCAGAAAGAGUUCGACCAGAUUCACUGCAUUGUGAAAUUAAUGCAUGGCAGCGUUUAUUAGAUUUAAAUUACUGCGAAUGUGUGAAGCGUAACAUUUUCCAGCAGUUCAUUAAAAUAUUAUCAGCUCCUGUUGGUCUUGAACAUAGUAAUCAUUUGGAAACUUUGGAUCAGAUUACAAACCCAGCUGAUUUAAAUAAUUCUAUCUCAGAAGACACAUUAUUAACUUUGUCUGAGAUUGCUAUACCAGAGCGUAUAAAGUAAGGCUGCCACACUAGAGUCAUCUGCAGACAAAGUGUAUGGAUGCGGUCUGGCAUACUUAGAGCAUGUAAAAUUAAGGAGCAUUACAGUGUCGAAGCUAAAAGGUCAAACAAAUUGCCAACUUGAUUGAUAGGUAGUCAAGCUGCGAGUCUUUCUAGGCAUGGCUACAGACUUGUUGAUGCCUUGCAAUAUGAUGAAGAAAGCCCUUUAGAGAAUACCAAACGAUUGGCACUUUCAAAAGCAGUGGAAUAUUUAUGCCAGCAGAUUGUUUAACAAAAUUAAUUUAAGUUCCAUUGGAGAAGUUGAUCAACUGACUGAAUUUUGUCAGCUUUAUUUUAAUAUUCUUGUUCUUUUUCCCCCACAAGUAUUAAAGUUACUGUCUGGACAGUGGGGCAUGCCAUACCUUAUCAUGCCAGAAAAUUGUAUGAAGAAUACCAUGUUGGUUAUGGUAUUUUGUCACUUCAAGCGAAGGAAUCAAACAUGCUGGUAUUAAAGGUGAUCUUUCUUUAACCAACAGGUCAAAUAAAAGUAGCACUAAUGGCAAGUGGUGGGCAAGUUUUGCACUCAAAUUAUGUUAGGUCAUUCUAUCUUCCUGAACACCAACCUGCACCUCCAUUAUAUAUUUCUCAUUUUAAGUCACAUACACCACCACACUGCAGCAGGGUCGAUUAUUGUGCUUGUGGAAGAACUAAAUUAGAUAUUGUGGACGAGUAGUGUGGGUAAUGGCAAGUGGUGGCAAGUUUUGCACUCAAAUUAUGUUAGGUCAUUCUAUCUUCCUGAACACCAACCUGCACCUCCAUCAUAUAUUUCUCAUUUUAAGUCACGUACACCACCACACUGCAGCAGGGUCGAUUAUUGUGCUUGUGGAAGAACUAAAUUAGAUAUUGUGGAUGAGCAGUGUGGGGUUUGUAAAGCUGCUAAAACUAUUGUAAUUAAAUGUGCUAAAGAGAAGAAGUUAUUUGAUGAAGUUAUUUUCUUAUUUAAGCCAAUCAUUUGCAGUAAAUGCAAUGAACGCUUUUCUGAUGUGACCAAUUUGAAAGCACACACUGAUAUUGUCCAUCGUUCUCAGACUCUUGCUACUGAGAGCACUAGACCUUCUCACUCACUUAUAAAGACUCGAUUAAAAAGUAUGAGUGUUACAGAGUUGAAGGCGGCCCUGAGGGAAAAAGGCCUAUCCACCUCCGGUAACAAGGAAAUUUUAGUUCGAAGGCUGGAAAGUGUACUGCCAAAUGCGAAGUAAAACUGUGAAAUGGGCCACUGAGCCAUAUCAGUUUAAUGAACAAUGCCUUCAGUAGUUCAUUGGUGGGAUGUGCCAGUACUCAGUAGAGUCAAAAUAUAUUGCUGGCUAUAGUAGCUAGGUGAUUUAACUACCUGAAGGACAUAAAUGCUGAGAAGAGUAGGUUAUUUUGUGUGUGUUUUGGUGCUAAGUACUCAGGUGAAUAUAAUGUUUUUGAUGUUAUCUGAGUGUAUAUCCACACCAGACAGGCUGAAAAGUUAGCCUGACCACGGUGGAAAUCGAACACGCAACCUUUGGGAUACUAGUCAAAUGCUCUGCCAACUGAGCUAUGGGCCAAGUCUGUUUGAGUGUGUGGUAUUUUGAAACUAAGUCUAGCACCUUCGAUACCAAUGUGUUCUAUGAUAUGAUAUUUUGUGUGUUUUGGUGGUGCUAUGUACUCUGGUGAAUAUGUUUUUGAUGUUACUCUGAGUGUAUAUCCACACCGGGCAGGCUAAAAUUUAGGAAUCAAACCUGUGACCUUUGGGAUACUAGUCCAAUGCUCUGCCAACUGAGCUACAAGGCCAAGGUUAUAUAUACAACUACCUGAAAAUAGGAAAAUAAUAUCUUUGCUUUUUGUCAUACUCAGGUGCGUUAAUGACUGGGUCAGGUUUCACAGUGAGCAUUAAUUCAUGAAAAAUAAAAGAAAAAUUAUUUACAACGAUUUUAAGAUGAAUUGACAGGGUUUUGGGCGUUAAUGCUACUCAAUAUAAUUUUAGAAUUUUUUUAACCAACCCAAAAUUUUAAAAAACGUGUCACGUGACCAGUUGUUGGUCUAAAAAUAGCAACGAAAACAUGGAACUUUUUCAACCGCUUUGCAGGGAAUGAUUUAGCGGGUUCUCACUGAAACAUUCAAUUACAAAUAGAUUGCCAAGGAACUCUUCUAACAUAUUCAAACUUGUAUCAGUGAAAAUGUUGUGUUAUUGUUGCGUAAAAUGGAUCCAAAGUCAAAACACGCGUUUCUACUUGCAUAUUUUCGUUAAUUAAAGCUACUUCUAGUCAAAAUGUUUUCGGUUUACGGUAUUUCUCAAGAAGUUGGACGUAUUUUGUAGAUAAUUAGCGCCUAAGCCUUUAAUGGUUGAUAAUAAAAACCUCUCCUGCAAAGCCAAUGAAUAUAUAUAUUUGCAACUAAAUACAUCGCAAAGCGACCGCCAUUUUUGUCGAUUGAGCCUUGGUUUACUGAUGCAGCGGUAUAACGAAUUACUAUGACAACGCAAGACGCUCAAAAUGGCGACCAUAAUAACCAGACCAGAUAAACUGUACAUUUUCAGCAAAAUUAGGUUCUAAACAUCGUUCAAAUCGAUAAUGUUAGAUGCGGUAUCUUAGUAAAAGCAUUAUAUAACUCAAUAAGAGACGCGCGUUUGAAAUCUGGCAAGCAUUUUUACAUAACUAAGUUGACUUAACGUCAAUAUGAUCGUCUUUAUAAAAUGUAGUGAUGUGAUAUUAAUUUAUACUUAAUAGCAUUAGCAUACCCAGGUUAAAAAUAUUCCAAGGCUCUCCAGAAAAAGGAAUUUGAUCCAUAUCUGAGCGCAGAUUAUAGAUAAGCCUGUCACAAUGACGCGCGCAUGACUUGUAUUUAGGCGCCAGAUUCAAAAUUUGCUUCGGUAGAGUAGCUUCUCGAUUUGCGCAAUCAAUAAUAUUUGCAAAGUUUCCAACAUAAUUAUCAUGGUAAUAAGUCUUGUACAUCCACACACAUGUGGAUUCGCUAAAGCUGCUAUUUGGCGCUUCACAAAAGAUGUUACGGAGAAGAUAAAACGCAACGACAAUGAAACACCAUAUCAGCAUCGCGUACGUAGUGUGCAAAUCAUCCAUGAACGUUUCGGUCUAAUGUUUACCAACAAAAAAUUCUCGGUUGACUUUAAAACGCUUCAAAGAAAACUGCCAGACUUGCGUAAAAAAUUCACUACUUGGAAUCCAAGGAAAAAGAAAGAACGUGAGCAAUACCUUGAAGCAUUCUUGGCUGAUAACUGGAAGGCACUAUCGGUCGAACAGAAGGCUGAGCAUAGCUUGAUGGACUGUCGUGGCUGUUUCCACAGAUAUUCAGUCUACCAGUCGUUCUUUCCAGUGCAAUCAAAGAAAUUCCAAGGAUGUCUCAAAGAAAAUCCAGUGAUUGUGGCUCAGAAUAUCGCAGCCAAUACGAGUCGAAAAGCAGUCAAAGUCAAUUGCACACGACGAGAGUAUCAAGAUGGCGCUCAAAAGAUCUACAACGAGAUCAAUCCUGCGUUUCAGCGUGUUUUUAACGUACCAUUAGAAAAAGCCCUGACGACAACAAUUCCCUCGUUAAACAUUCAAAGCAAGAAGAAUCCAGCUGAAAAAAAAAGAGACAGGCGUAAACAAUUACGACAGGCGAAGAAGACAACAGAAGAACACUGGAAGAAUACAUCUGUAAUGAGGUAUCUUUAUUAAACUAUAAUUUUAUUUAAUUAGUAAGUUUGCAUUAUCAUUAACACAAUUAAAAGUACUAAAGCAAAAUUCCUGACAAUAAUAAGGUGAAAAACUAAGGUAUAUAAUAUAUACAAGCUAUUUUGCAUAAGGCUAAGAUACAAAUGAAUGCAUGCAGUCAGGCUCAAGGAUGGAUCCUGCCAAAUCUGAGCACUGUUGCCUGUUGGGGAAGGGGGCCCUUGGGGGCAGGUUAGGGUUAGUGGUGCACAUCCAGGAGUGUUCCAGAGAACAUGGAAAUAUUGCCUCUGGCAGAGUUCAAGGGCAUUAUUAUUGUGAUAAUGGAGACAGGAUAUUGCCAAAUCUAAACUGAAAUUUAAGUGGAUUUAUUAAUGAAAUAGGCCCCCUUUGCCAAGGGUAGUGGAGAACAACACCGCCCCCCACCCCGGAACCCCAGUAAAUUAAUUCCUGCUAGGUCUGUAAAAAUAUUACAACUAUUAUCACUUUACUAGUUGCCUCCCCACAGUCUAGCCCACAUAAAAUUAAUGUUCAAUUUACUUAUUUACUAGGUAUUAUGGAAAUCGCCAAUCUUUGGCAGCUGCACAGCGAUCGCGCCUUGCCAUGGCAUUUGAAAGUAAGGAAGCUUCAAGACAACGAAACGAGAUAAACACGACAACAAAAAAGAGAAAUCCUGUUGGAAAGCUGGAUAAUAAAAUAUUUGAGAGAGAGAAGAUCAAAGAAGAGGUGGAAAGUUAUCCUGAUGGCAUGGUUGUUAACUGGUCAGACCUUGCUCGAAGACACAACAUACAGAACACAAAAGGGGAACUAGCCAAGAAUGGGGGUCAAAUAGCCCAAGAAUGGUUAAAGUCAGAGGGAAUCAAUAUUACCAGGUUUAAGCGAAAACAUGAUGGAAAUUCUGAGAGAAUCCGGAGAAAGAAACUCAGGGGACAAGGGGGAGAGAUCACAGUUGCAACUCCACAAACUAUUGACAGUGUGAAGGCUGAGUUGAGAGGAAAAAUCUUGUCAGGGGAAUAUUCUGUUGGACAGCAAAUUGCACCAAGAAAGGUAACAGCCACAAUAUUUUCUUUUAUUAAGCACUGACUUUACUGUUCAUUAUUUCAGUUUAAUUGUGUGAGCACUUAUCUACACUGCACACAUAUGUUACAACUAUAUUAUAUAAAAUUUACUAAUACUGUAGCUAGUAUCAAUGUCAGUAAUGAAUAAUCAACAUUAAACUUAGCCGUCCCGGACAGUAUAGAACUGGUGAUCAACUAAGUUAUGCAGAUAGGAGGCUUACAAAAAUUAACAAUUGAUCAAUCAUUACUCAGAAUUAUUAUAUUUAAGUCAAAUUACCACUCGCUGCUUAUAAGUAAUUCAGAUGUGCAGGAAAGCAAAUAAAUACUUGUCUAUAAUUAUUUACUUUAUUGAAACCAAAUUUCUUCAAUCUACAUAAUUAUUUAUUUUAAUUUCAGUAUGAAAAGAUGGUAUUAAAUGACAAUGGGGAGAUUGUUAAAACCGAGUUUGUGGUGGAAGGACGGAAGCAGCCCUUGAUUGAAAUUAGGGAAAGAACUCUGAAAAACCAAGAGAAAUUCAUGCGACAUCGUGCUGAUGACGAAUAUGGCAUAAUGACUCAUGAAAGUGUGACAACAUUGCUGAAGGCAAUCGAUGAGUACAAUGAAGGAGAAAGUUUAAAAUCAAUGCAGAAUAGGCUGAAAGACAUUGAAAGGACAAGGCAUAUUAAGAUUUGGCAUGAUCUUUCCACAAUUGCAAACCAUGGUCAUUUGGUAUUUAUGGUGUCAUCCCUUUAUGAUCCUGCAGUGCACUAUACAAAUGCAGAGUACCAAAACCUUACAGGCUGUAAAAAAGUGGACGUUCAAACAAAAGUCGAGACCCCUGAAGUCUACAUAGUAGCCAGGUCAGGAAGUUCAGACGUUGAACAACUAACUUAUAUUGACACACGUCUUGAGUGCCUGGAAGAUCUCAGUGUUAAAUUGCAAACAAAUGCUGGAAAUGUUGUAAAUGAUAUAAUGCGCUUUUUCCAUGGUGAUAGCCCAGCUCGACAACUUGAAUCCGGUCAACAAAAAGGAGGGAACUUUUACUGUUCUGGAUGCGGUGCAAAAGCACAACAGGCAUAUGAUCUGGAUAUUUGUUUUUCCUGUCACUACUUGUCUUUGACUGAGCGACAACAACUGGUGCUUUCUGGACCCUUGGGAAGAAAAAAUUCUCUGGCAAAAGUUUCCAAGCCAUUCCAAAAUUUGAAAAAAGAUGAACUAAUUAGAGAACUGAAUGCCAGGCAUAUUUAUGAGGGGGAAACCAAGAAAGACCUUGAGAAGCUUUUGACAGAGGAACUGCACGGCGUUCAAAGAGUACCGGCUUUACUUUAUACCAACCCAACAUCUACCCUUGAAUCCAUCAACUGUGGGAAGUAUGAAGUACUCAGUUUUGAGCCAUUGCAUGACAUAGGGAAGCAUAUUGAGAAUGUUUUAACAGAACUUCCAUUCCAUUUGCCAAAGAAAGAAGCAACUGCAGUGAAGGAUGUAUUGCAAUGUUCAAUCGGUGGCAAGGAUACAAAGCGCACAUUCGAUUACAGAUGUGCACUUAUUAUCCUUGCAAAGCAAUCCUCACAGAUAAUUUCUUCAAACCUUGUCCAGGAACUACUGUCCACCUUAGUAGAAAUCCAGAGAAUUGCAUACAGUUAUGAAGCUGAACGAACACCAAAAUCAGUCCUACGUCUUCACAACAUGACAUGGUACCAUGCAAUCUUGUGCAGGGAGAUAUUUGGCUUUAAGCUUAAAGAAUUGACGACCCGCAAGUUGUAUGGCAACUAUUACCACAACAUCACCAGCCAUGCUGCUAUACAGCACCGAUUAAUCAAUGGAAAGGCAUGCAAUGUCGAAGAACAGGAAAGGAUCUUUAACACCAUCACAAAUAUCACAAAGUCAACAUCCUCUUACCAUCCAAGUCAUAUCAUCGGGAACAUUUUCAUUAGAUUGCAAGCUGAGAAAGAGAUGCAAAUUUUUCAAGGGUCUUGUGAUUCUAAGCAAGAAGCAUCUGUUUCUCACCUUGCAUCAUCACUACCUGCAUACGGAAAUACCAUUAUCCCUAGCAAGUUUAUCGAGAAACACAUCAGAUCAUGGCAAGCACAUCUUGAACGGAUUAGUGAUUUCCUUUUAGCUGGCCAAGGGAGUUGGUGGCUUCAACAAGAACAUGGCAAUGUGGAAUUCUUAGAUGGAGAAGGGGCUGAAAGCACUCAUUCACAAGGUCCUUUACUACAUCACUUCCGCUCCAGUAACUUCAGAGCUGAGGAAGACUACCUUGCAAAGUGCUGGAAAGAAUGCCUAGAGAAUGGUGUUACUCUGCCAAUAAGUGUUGUUCGGGUUGACGAUGGGAGUGGUCAAAUGAAAAUUGUAAGGCUACUACCGGAAGACACAACAAAAAGCAAAAGCACCCAGCUUGAUGACGAUAAGGAACAACCACAACCUUCAUGUAACCCUACAGAAAAAAUGCUACUUGACACAGAAAUUGUUGGUUUCCAUGUUCACCCCCACGAUAAUUCAGAUCUACCACCAAGUGAGCUCGAUGACAGUGAAGCUAGCAAUGAGCUGAAUAAUCCUUCAACACUCAACUCUGUCAUCACAAUUACAGAGAGUAUUAAUGCUAAAGGCUUUGCAGCAAUGCCAACUGCAGGUAAAUAUAUACAGACCAUGCAUGCACUACUGGUCAUCUGAUUUAAAAUCAUGAUGAUUAUAAUAAGUUUCAGUAUUCAUGCAUUCAUAAAUUACUUUGAUUUAAUAUGCAGUAAUUAGAUUUAUAUUUAUUUUUUGCUUCACCUAACACUGCAUAUAUUUAAUUAUCACUGUCAUUUGUGAAUGCAUGAACAUAAAAGCUAAUAUAUGCAUGCACAUGGUCAUUUAUAUACACAAAUGACAAGAAUUAGUAACAACAUACCUUGUAUUAUAAGUUGUGUGCACAGCAUUUCCAAAAAUAUAUUGUGAUAACCAGCAAGAUUAUAAAUCAUCCAUAAAAUUUCAUUAUAGAUUCCACAAGCUGUCCAAAAGUUGACAUUCCAGUUGUAUUAUCACCAUGCAGCAUUUCUACAACAGCAGGAGAAAACAGUGAAACUGGCAGCACAAGAGAAUUAUGCAAAACAAAGUUGGGGAGAGCAGUUGACUUUGUGCUUGGGCAGUCAAAUGAAGUUCUUCAGUUUGAUAAAGCCAGGCAGCAACACAAGCAGUCACCAUCUGACAAGUUCUUCCUUGCCAAGUUUAUGGAACUGGUUGCAGUUAUGGAGGUACGUGUUUCAAAACAGCAACAACAGAUUCGUCAAGAGCUUGGUCAAUGGGAAAAAGAAUUUUUCCUGAGGCACAAUAGAGUUGCAACUCAGAAGGACAUAGCAACAUGCACACAUGCCAAACUUCUUAGAGACAAACUAAAGUAUGCUAAAGCUAUUCUUAACAAAAUAAGGAACAAAGAGUAAUACAUAAAUCAUAAUUACCAUAUUACAUAAUCAGAUAGUACAAAUCUAAUAUAUUAAUAUAUACAUGCAUAACCAUUGUAUAUCUGAUGAACCUAAAUCGACUAAAACUGAAGUGUUUAUAAUAAAUGCUCAACAAAGACUACAAGACAAUUAAUCUAAUAAUUUGUUGUUCGAUAACAUGCUCAAUAACAUGUUCCAGUACGAAUAGCCACUUCGUUAUAAUAUUAUCACCAAAGCCCGACUAGAUAACAUUUCCUGGUGGUCGUUGUUGAUUAUUAUUAAUACUUUAGUUAAUUCAAUAAACUUGAGAUGAAACGAGAACAAUUUAAGUAUAGUUUGGGCCUUGUUAUUUAUACUGGGGUAUAUAUCUCAUAUAUAGAUAAUAGAUCUGUAAAUAUGUAUAUAAAAUAUAUGAGGCCUGUAGUAUUAAAUUGUAUGUAAAAAUUACACUCACCUUAACUUUUAACCAUACCAUUAUCGAAAGAAGUACAUGUAAAGUUUAUAGAGAAAGAAUGAUGUAUCCAUGAAUAUAUUCAAACACUUUUACAACGAUAUAAAACUUGAAUUCUAUUCGUAUGGCUUGUAACGAACUCCCUUUAAAUUGGAAAUACAUUUUAAGCUCCAUGCGUUGCUAAGGUAACCAUAGAAACGCAUGAUCCUUAUAUGGAAAACACGUCCAUAUAGGGAAAAUCAAGGAUAUAGAAAAUGGAGCGCGAAUAUUUGCAGUUUGCGCGCGAAGCUAUCACUCUGUCGUAUAUUUCUGAACAAGACCUAUAGGUAUCCGAAUAUUUUGUUAUAUAUCACUAUGCGGCAUACGAUCGAGGAGAAAAGGAAGAUGCGCAAUGCUAGAAAGAAGAGAAAAAGACUUCAGAAAACGGAGUUGAAGCGUGCGACGCUCAUAAAAAAUGCCCUUUGUGAUAUCCGGGCUGAAGCCAACCAGCAACGAGACGUGGCAUCCAAAUAUUAUAAACUUUGGAAGAGGACUGUGGAUAAGAACAAAAAAUUACGUACUAUAGUGAACCAGAGGGAAAGCAAUAAAAAGGUAUAUCAAAGUUUUUCAAAUCAUAUACAGCAUCAUUUAUAUUAACAGUUAGAUACUGUAAUCUGUCUAUUUUGUUAUCCAUACAAUAGUCAUUUUAUAAUAAAGUUAACACAAAAUGUGAUCAAUGAAAUCAAUAUUUAUUAAAUGGGACAUACUUUCCUUGACAUUCUCAAAGUAGCUAGUCCACCUAUAUGCAACCUUUCUUGGUCAUGUAUUGAAUAAAGUACCCCCCCCCAGUGGCGGCGCCAGCCCUCCAAAUUUGGGGGGGGGGGGCAUUUGAGGGGCAAACUCAAAUUUUGGGGAGCCAAGAUUGAAUUUUUAAAAAGGUCGCCCCCCCCCCCAGGAGAUUCGCCCCUCCUCAAAACGUGGCGAUAUUCCUAGGAAUAUCGCCCCCAGGGGCGAAUAUCCUAGGAAUAUCGCCUCCCAGGGGGGUGGGGCGAAACCCUAGGAAUAUCGCCCCUCUUUAGGACAUUCGCUCCGAUAUAUGUGAUGUGGUUUAUUCAAAUAAUUUUGUGAUACUUUCAUCUUAUUAAGUGCCUUACACGUUUGAGAAUUUAACUCUGCAAAACUAAAGCUUUUUUGUCUUUUUUUGAAACGUAUUAUUGGAGUAUUGGCAAGUUUUACCAUUCAGAGAUUUACAAACUAAUAUUGAAACUGUAAAAAACAGUUUCAUGUAUACACGCAUUCACUAAUGAGUAAUGACAACUUAUAAGCCAUACAUUUUCCGAUAACGACAAAAAGCUUGUGUAGCCUUUAGUCGCUCUUAGUGCCCCCCCCCCUCCCCGCCAAGGCUUUACAGUAAAAGUUGCUCCCGCUCAGGUGUAAUGAAAAAUUGCUAACUAAAUUGGUUAGCCCCUUUCAAUGCUGUAUUUUGAUCUACUCAUAAUGUAUAUGGUAUGACGAGACCUAUUAACCACAACACCAACAUUGAAAGGGGGCAGGGGGAAUAUGUGUAUGACAAAGGAAUAACUCAUGCACAUGCUUACAAGAUAUUAGUGUUUGCAUUGCACAAGUAUUUGGUCAUGAUUGUACUUUGCUGGCAAAGAUUAGGCAACAUAGCCUAAUUUGAACUACAGAACAAAACUUUUAAUUACUAAUAAGUUUCAAAUUAAAUAUUUUACAGGUAACUCAAUUGAACAUGUCCAAUUCAAAUAUUAACAUUAUCAGGCAAGAUGAAUUGGAGGAAGUUGAUGCAGGUUCAAUUGGGAAUGGUGUUUUUGGAAAUUGCUUUUUGAGGAAAUUCAAGCGACUAAGUAUUAAUAUUGUUGAAAAGCAAUUGAUUGACACUGAUAACAAUGUUGAUAUGUUGUACAAAGAGGCAUCAUUCAUGCAAAAGUUCUCUCACAGAUGCAUCCCACUGCUUCUCGGUAUCCAGCUGGAAAAGAAACCAUUCUCCCUCAUAAUGGAAUUUAUUGGUGAGAAUAGUAAGUCCAUCACAGUGUUCAAGUUGUUGUUUGAUCCACAUUAUGAACAUCAAGCUUCAGAAAUGUCCACUGAAACAUGGCUUUGUAUAUGUUAUGACAUUACCGAUGCACUGGACCACAUGCACCAAAGGGGAUAUCUUCACUGUGAUUUGAAAUCCAAUAAUGUGUUAGUUGCUCAAAAUAAAGGGUUUCUAAUUGACUUUGGUAAAGUUUGUGAGAUAUCCCGACCAAAGGCCAAGAAAUACAAGGAGGUAUACAAGCAUAUUGCUCCAGAAGUCUUGAAGGGGUUCCCUGUUACACCUGCCAUCGAUAUAUAUUCACUUGGGAGAGUCCUCAAGGCAGUUGCAAAGAAAAUCAAUAGCACCAUCCUUUCACAGUUAGGAAAUGCAGCUACUGAUCUCAAACCAAAACAAAGGCCCACACUUCUGAAAAUCUUAACCACAUUGAAUGCUCAGAAUAUUCACAAGAACUGACGUACUGUCCAGUAGAGCUCUGAAAAAUUAAAUGAUCAAAAGUUAAAUGGAUUAUGUAAAAUACCUGCAAUUUAACCCUUUUGUGUGGCAAUGCACCCUACUUUAUUAUUUUACUCAGUCUAAUGUCAGAUGAUUUUACUCAUCAGAUCUAAAUUUUGAGCGAAAAUUAUAUUGUACCUACAGUAUUAUAGACCUUCUCUGACCCCCCCCCCCCCUCCUCUAGGGUAAUGACAGUUAUGGUAAAGAUUCUAAAUUUUGUAAUUAACAACAACACAGUGAUUGUAAUAUUUAACACCAUGUAUAAUUUAGGAAUAAAAUGUAGUACCAUGUACACAAUAUCCUAACAAAAUUAUAACACAGCCAUAGUGGCAACUCUUGUGCUGUCAAGAUGUAUCGUCUUUCAGCAGCAGGUUGUCAAGAUAUUGUGUCUUUCGGGAACCAGUUGGAUCUUAACUGUGUUUUUAAUGGGCUGGUAUUUUCUAAAUAUAUAGCUAACAUGCAAUGAAUUAAUGAAUACCUUGUUUAAAUAAUAUAAAUAACUUAAUAAAAUCUAAUAGCUUGUAUAAACUAUGUGAAACACAGCCAUAGUGGAGACUCUUGUGCUGUCAAGAUGAAUCGUCUUUCGGCAGCAGGUUGUCAAGAUAUUGUGUCUUUCGGCAACCAGUUGAAUCUUAACUGUGUUUUUAUUGGGCUGGUAUUUUCUAAAUAUAUACUAGCUAACAUGCAAGGAAUUAAUGAAUACCUUGUUUAAAUAAUAUAAAUAUAAAUAACUUAAUUAAUAAAACCUAAUAGCUUGUAUAAACUAUGUGAAACACAGCCAUAGUGGAGACUCUUGUGCUGUCAAGAUGAAUCGUCUUUCGGCAGCAGGUUGUCAAGAUAUUGUGUCUUUCGGCAACCAGUUGAAUCUUAACUGCGUUUUUAUUGGGUAUUUGCUAAAGAUAUACGGUAGCUAACAGGUAAGGAAUUAAUGAGUACUGUAUUGAGUACACCUUGUUUAAAUAAUAUAAACAGUAACUUAAUAAUAAAAUCUAAUAGCUUGUAAAAACUAUGUGAAACACAGCCAUAGUGGAAACUCUUGUGCUGUCAAGAUGAAUCGUCUUUCGGCAGCAGGUUGUCAAGAUAUUGUGUCUUUCGGCAACCAGUUCAAUCUUAACUGUGUUUUUAACUAACAGAGUUAUAUAAAUAUAUUAUUAACAAAUUUACUAUUAUUAAUCAAAUGCAGUAUAAUUACUUAGUGUUAAAAUUGAAUACAACACUAUUAAAAUUAUCAAAUCAAUAAUAAUGUAGUAUAUAAAGUUAUCAAUUUUUAAUAGUCGACUGCACUGGACAAAAAUUACUAUCACAAAUGGCCCAGCUAGAUGGCAAAGCUACUUUAUAUAUGGAUGUGCACAGUAUACAUUGAAUAGCUAUCCAGAUCUAAUGGAACAUGAAAUAUGUUUGAAUAGUAUUGAAAUGUAAGUGGGCUCUCACCGUUCUGAGGAUAAGUCCUACAUAUUUUAAUAAUAAAGAGCACUAAAAUGAGUGAAUACAGUGUAUGCCAAACAUACUGUAAGAUGUAAAUAUUUGUAUCAUAUGAAAUUGAUUCUUCAAUUAAUUAAUUAAAUGUAUUAAAAUAAGUGGAGACAAGGUAAAAAAUUAUAAAAAUUAUAGAAUGUACGUAUUGCAGUUGAUUUUAAAGUCUUAAAAGGGAAUGAAAGGAAUGUAUCUGGACAUCUGGUUGGCUCACUUUUCAUAGCAACUCUCAGCAGGUAAGACUAUGAUUUUUAAUACUCCCAGAAAUUUGUGAGUAAAUCUAUUUUGGGCUAUGGCCAUUGUUAGAAUCAGUAUAAACACAAGCUAGAAUCCUUCCUAAUACUGGCUUUCAAUGGCAGUAUUAAUGUUUUUAUAGUGACUGUAAAAUAUAUAAAUAUACACAAAGCAAAACUAUAAAGCCGUAAAGGCUAUACUAGGAAAACUGUACCAAUAAAUAGAAUACAAACCUUUAAACGAACUAUAACUACGAUCGGUAUUAAUACAGAAACAGUUUCUUGCCAAUCUUCAAUUUAAUACCAUACAGUAUACAAAAUAAACACCACUCUCUUCCGACGCCAUGUUCGAAAAAAAAGACGGAAAUUGUACGCCUAAAUUCGCUACUUUCACAAAAGGCACUGGAAACUAAUACCUUUUUGUCCCAGUCAUUAACGCACCUGAGUACUCGAGUACUCCCAUCACCACCGCCCCCCGCUCUGCCAUUCUCUUCAUAGAGUCACUUUCCUCGUAUAUGACUUGAGCAAAAUAAUUAUAAUCAGACAACUGAAUAUUGCAAGACUGAAUUGAACCACGGUUGGAGAGAAAAAAUGAUGUGCCGACAAGAUCGCUUCUCGAUGUCCAAUUUUUUGUUUUGCAGACACAGGCAAGACCGGAUUAUCCAAAAGAACUUUUCUUACACCAGGGAGAACGUUCCAAAAAUCACGUCCUACAGGUAAUGAGAAUGAUUUGAAGAUGUUAACUGACCACUGCGCCCAUAUGCAUACUUUUGACCGAUAACUGAGAAAAUACAUAAAUACCUUAACCUGACGACAGACAUGAUGAGGAACAUGGCCCCCCCCCCCCCCCCCCCUCACCCUCUCACUCUGGCAGCACGACACUUUAAGAGAACUUGUCUGUAAAAAUCGCAAUAAUUCGCCAUUUUCUGGCAGAUAUGAAAAACUGAAAGUUCUUCAUUUUCCUAGAUUUUAUAUAUAUUGUAGAGCUAUCCAACCCCACACAUUUACUGAAGUUUCAGCCAUGAAACACAAAAUGAAGAAAAGUUAGAGUACUUCAAAAAUCGAACCAAAAAUGACGCAAAAUGUCCAAGAAAUGUCGCUAUAUAAAGCAGUCAACAUCAUGUGCUGUGCUGAGCGCGCAUUAUAAGUUUUGGUCUGCUGUUAUAAUCUAUAUUUUUAGAAUAUAUGGAACUUUCUUGUGAUAUCUUUUCUCCAGAAAUCGAAAUGUUAUUGACUUGGUUAUUUUAGAUCAAAGAUGAUUGAAAUUUCCGGAUUCUCCAAAUUAGCCAAAGUACGUCUUGGGAAACGCCUAUUUAAACAUAGUCCUACUUUCUAUAUAAAUGAACAUAUGCAUAAUUUGUUAGGGCUAGGAUGUAGUCAUUCGACGACGAUUUGAGAUGUUUGGGAUUCUUUUGUGUCUUGGCGAAAUUUGAUCUUAAACAUGUACAAUAUUAGCGUAAUUGAGUGUUUUGAUUCUAUUAACCGGCGCGUUACGAUUCCAAUAUCUUACGCUUGUUCUAUUCAAAACGUUAACAUGCUUCACUGUAAAUGACACUGAUAACACACAGUUUACUUCUUAAUGAUUUACUUUGCAUUCAAGUUGCUUUGUGUACGGUAUAUGUGUAUCUACAUACUGCGCGCACGCACGUACGCACGCACGAACACACUUUUUUCAAACGUAAAAACAUAACCGCAGCCCCAAGCAUGGCUUUAAAUUGCGGUGCCCGUCCAAGUUUGACACCGGAUUUAUAAUCUGCCUGUGAGUUUGUACGUUUACGGGAAAUCACAAGCAUAUUUCUUCAUGUAAUCUCUAAGGUAAUAUAUAUUAUAUUUAUCCCUGCUGACGCUGCAUAUUUAAUUGUCUUAUACGUAUCGAUUCCGACAAAGUCGAUAACAUAACAAAUUUCCAAUUUUCCGACGGGUCUCAACAAUGGGGUGGGGGGGGGAGGGCUUCUGCCAAUAGGGGAGGGGGGCUUGAAAUCAUCCGGCUUCAGGACAAAACUGUUGUCAAUAUGCAACUAUUCUGUCAUGCAGUUUAGUGUCGAAGGUUUUGACUUUGUUUUUGGUUUGUCCCCAGAAGACACUAGGGCACCGCAUUAUAGAACUGUGUCUGGUUACAUGUAAUACUUUCCGCUCAUUGUUAUAUAGUUUGUAAACAACAGUAGCACGUGCAGUCUCGCGGUUGCCUAUUUUGAUGCCUGUGCUAAAUGAUUCCGUUCAGUUUGAAGUGAUUUCUGCAAUACCUGUAAUGAGCUGUUCCUUACUCUCAACAAAAUAUGAACUUAGUUCAAAUCUGAUAGUAAAGCAGAAACAAUUCUUCCCAUUACUAUUUUGGUCGGUGUAAGUUACAUUACAUUUGGUGAUUUGGAAAACACUUACACCAAGGUUAAAUAUUUCCGUGUAAUUUAAUUAAAUUAAAACUUCGAGAUAAAUCUAAAGAAAUACGAAAAAUACGGGAAUCCCGGAACAUCGAGUUGGAUUCGAGUUUGAGUUCGAGUUAAACUUCGAGUUACUUAUACACUGGCGUUUCCGAAUGUUCUGGUAAUUUCCGAACAACUCCGAUUCAUGUUUACUUCCUCGCAACUUCAAACACGUGUUAUUACGUUUAUAAAUAUGGAGAAUGAAACGUAGCAAUGUAAAUUUACUUUAUUAUAAAUCGUUUUUAUAAGGCACUAUGUUCUACAUCUUAUACAGUAUAACUAUGUGUAUUUUGGAAAAGAAUAUAUUAAAAUUUGUACAGUUUAAGUAUUGUUUCGUUCAAAAUAUGUAUUCGAAACUAUCAGUACUGUUCUGCAUAUCCUCUCACGUAGUAUUAGAUUAUCCUUAAUUUUCAAAUUUGCUAAAGAUUAACUUAAGGAUAUGCCUUAUAUUAAGUUGAACCCUAACCCCCACCCAACCCCCACUCUAACUUCUAACCCUUACCCUGGUUUAAUCUUAAUCUGGCUCUAAUCCUAAUCUAAAAAUAACUACCAAGAAGGGCUCUGGGUACGAGAAUGGCACUGCCUCUGAGAUUAGUCUGCUGUUUCUCCGCAGCUAGAGUGGAAGAGGGGGGCCGGGGAGAGGGGACCGGGGGGCUGGUGGCAGAGUCAGUCUGCUAUCGCAGUCUAACGGCGGUGCGAAGAAAGAAAUUUUACGUUUGAGUGAGUAAAACAGUAUUGUUUUCAGUUUUCACCACGAGAAGGUAAAAUAAUAAUAAGAUAUGAAAUUUCAAGUCAGCAUGUAUUUAACGUUAUUUUUAUUGUAUAGUUGUUAGUAAAAAAACAAAGAAAAUGAACACUUGAUCGAUAUCUUCACUAGUGGAGAUCUAGUCAUGGAAAAUAUCUCACUGUGUAUUUUUUUGGUGCCCGGCACUGUCUACUAUAUAGUCUAUAUAAUAAAUUAGGGUACCAGUGCUUUUGUUUCGAAUUAAGAAUAGAAACAAUGAAGUGCAUAUGAAAAAGGUAUCUCUGUAAAAAAGAUUUAUUAUAACAUUUAAAAAUUGUGCGGAAACCAUGUCAGGUCAGGGGGAGAUCAUUAAUGAGGUAUGGACUAAUAGCGGCUGCUUAAAGCGCCAUCUUUACGCUCACAGUCUACCUCGACGGUCUGCUUAUCAUGCCAGUUCCGGGCCUAAUAUAACCAGUAAGUGAAAAACUCUGAUAUAGGGAGUGUGCUGUGCAAUAUCUGUAACUAUAAUCUGUAACUCAAAAUUACCACAAGGUGUUGUGCAAGCACAACCGAUAAAAAGGAGUUACUGAGUAUUUCCGAUCGCGCACGAUCACAAUGUAGGUAAACAAUGGUUUAAGAUAAAAUCCCCCCAUAUGUGUAAAUUUGCUUCAGGUUCGCUCGCUCCGCAGCCAAAAAGGUUGGGUGAAAUACAAUUGUCAUUUUCCCGAAAAGUAAAGAAAAAUAUCCAACUCGAAGUUUAACUCGAAGUCCAACUCGAAGUCCAACUCGAAGUCCAACUCGAAGUCCAACUCGAAGUCCAACUCGAACGCGAACUCGAAUCCAACUCGAUGUUACCUAACUCCCAAAAAAUACAAAGGACUUACCUUUAUGCUUCAAGAACUGUAACAAACUAAUGUAACAUAAUCAGAGAGUUUCAGUUGCAAUAUUAAACUACAGUGAACAAUUGUCUCACUGCGUGCGUUUAUUUACAAUUUUGUUGAGAAAGUUACUUCCGGGUUUAUAACAGCGUAGGUUACAAAUGUCCCAAAUCAAUUAUUGUUUUAUCUUGCGCGUAGUAAACAAUCUUGGAACUACUUUUUAUCUACGUACUAGACCACGACAUAAUUUGUUGCAGGCACUCUAGAGAAGAUCACGCUUACCAUCUUGUAUUCUUUUUCAGCUGAUUUUCCAUUCAACGACAACGUUUUUAUUUAUAUUUGUAUAGUAUUUGCAUAUCUGCAUGAUUGUGUUUUUCAUGAUGUAAAUUUGAGUUAAUUUAAAAAUGCAUGACCGAUAUUUAAGAAGUGAAAUGUGUGUUCUCUGCAGUGACGACUACAGUAAAUACAGAAUCGUUUUAAUAUUCACAGUGUUACGCUCCAGUUAAUACGAACUACUCAACGGGCAAUGGACCAUUUGCAUUUUAGACUAAAUUUUGAACUGGACAAGCAGACAUUUCAGCACAGCUUGAAAGAGCAUCACGAAAUUCGUAAUAUUCCAAAGUUUCGUCGAAAAUGCGGAUAAUAUAGCCAUGGGAAAUUUGCCGUUUUUCAGUCAUUUUGUAUUACGCACGGGAAAUUGACAGUCCAAAUCGGGUGUUGGGGUACCAAUUUCCCGUAUUUUAAUCUAAAAUGACUGAAAUUGCAAACUUUGCAUGCAAAGCUAUGUGAUCCGAAAUUUACAACAUUUCGCAACGAAACUUCUAAUUUUGUGAUGCUCUCUCAAGCUGUGAUGAAAUUUUUUUCUAGAUCAAAAUUUAAGCUGGAGUAAUACGAGCAACAAAAUUGCUGCAACUUGCAACAAAAUCUGAUUUCAACGCAUGUUAAGUAGAAAUGUCGACAGAUGUUGCCUUGCGAGUUGUAAUUUAUAUGCAAACAUUUGCAAUUAACAUGCGUUGAAAUCAGAUUUUGUUGCAAGUUGCGCAAUUUUGUUGCUCGUAUUACUCCAGCUUUAGUCUACAAUGCAAAUCGUCCAUUCCAGCUAUAAUAGAUCAUAUAGACUAAAUUUUGAUCUAGGCAAGAAGAACAAACUCCAUCUGGAAAGAGCAUGUUAAAAUUAGUGAAAUGGCAAAGUUUGGUCACGAAAUGUUGUAAAAUGAGGAAAAUAAUAGCCCUACGAAAUUUGCAAAUUUGGUAUAACAUUUUGCAACAUUUUGCAACGAAACUUUGUAAUUUUACUAAUUUUAAAAUGCUCUUUCUAGCUAUGCAGAUGGAUUUUGUUUUUCUUGCCCAAAUCAAAAUUUUGUCUAUAGCUGGAAUUGCUCAUUACGCUAAUAUUGUACAUGUUUAACUGCAAAUUUUGCCAAGACACAAAAGAAUCACCAACAUUUGAAAUCGUCGUCGAUUGACUAAAUCCUAGCCCUAAAAAAUUAUGCAUAUGUACAUUUAUACAGAAAGUAGGACCAUAUAUAAAUAAGUGAUUCACAAGAAGUACUUUGGCUAGUUUGGAAAACCCGGAAAUUUCAACCAUCUUUGAUCUACAAUAACCAACUCAAUAAGUUUCGAUUUAUGGAGAAAAGAUAUCACGAGAAUGUUCCAUAUAUUCUAAAAACAUAUAUUGUAGGGUUGAAAAUGUAGGGUCUAAGGCGCUAUCGUUAUUUCACUGUAAUAUUAGAAGUAUUUCAAAAAACUUGAACCUGUUAAAUGAAAUGCGCUACUUAAUCUGAAAAAAACUAGAUGUUAUAGCUAUUACGGAAACACGACUAAAUAAAAAUAGUGUGAUUAAUGUUGAUAUGUUAGGAUAUAACUUUUUCCAUGUUGAUUCAUUAACCAGUGCAGGUGGUGCCGCUCUAUAUGUUUCAGAAGAAUUAAAAUGUAUAAGUAGGCCAGAUUUACAAAUUGAUAUUGACCAGGUUGAAUCCUGCUGGGUUGAAAUUGAAACUGAAAAAGGAAAAAAUAUAAUAAUAGGAUCAAUUUAUAGACACCCGAAAGGUAAUGUUGAACAGUUCACUGUAAAACUGGAUGAGAUACUCAAAUACUUAAAUGAAUGUAAAUAUCAAGUUUACUUAUUAGGUGAUAUAAAUAUUGAUUUUUUUCAAUUUACUAAACACCAUCCUACAGAAGCAUAUCUUGAUAUGCUGUAUACUAAUAAUUUUUUACCAAUCAUAACCAAACCCACUCGAUUAACUGAUCACUCGAAAACUCUUAUCGACCAUAUAUAUAUACCAAUGCCCCUCUUGAUAAUAUCACAUCUGGGAUUGGGCUUUUUGAUCUAUCUGACCAUUUACCUGUCUUUUGUUUAAUUAAUAUGGAACUAAAAAUAAUUAAGGAAAGGCAUUACUACAGGGACUACAGUGCCUUCAAUAAAAAAGCAUACCUAAAUGAUAUAAAUUUGAUUAACUGGAGCAGUAUUUCAAAUGGUGAUACUCCAUCUGAUCUAAAUACUGUAACUGCUAGAGUCACGGAUAUAUUAACUUCCGUUAUAAAUAAACAUGCUCCAAUAAAGUUGGCCUCGCGCAGUAAAAAUAAGCAGCUAACUAAGCCAUGGAUAACGAGUGGUAUACUUAAAUCUAUUAAAAUGAAACAAAAUAUGUAUUAUACGCAUUUCUACUCCAAUAAUACAAUUAAAAUGCGCGCUUAUAAAACUUUUGCUAAUAAGUUAAAUGUAAUUAAAAAUAAAAGCAAAAUGAUGUAUUAUAAAAGUAAUUUUGAAAUGUGUAAAAAUAACUUAAAGGCUACUUGGAAAUUAAUUGGAACCAUUAUUAAAAGAAAGGCCAAGGCUCAGCAAUUACCAACAAGUCUUAUAAGGAAUAAUAAGACAUUUUCAAAUACUUACGACAUAGCUAAUGAGUUUAAUGAACAUUUUGCUAAUGUAGGACAAAGUCUCGCAAGCAAAAUUCCAAGUGUAAAUGGUAAUCCAACUAGCCUUAUUGAUAAUUCCCCAACUUCUAGUUUUGUUAUGUCUCCAGUUCUUCCAUCUAAGGUAAUGAAACUUUUUAAUGAUUUGAAUGAAAAUAAAGCAUCGUUAAAUAUUCCAAAUAAACUUAUUAAGAUAGCAAGUAGCCAACUUGCAAUACCCUUUUCAUACAUAUAUAAUCAAUCAAUUAGAAUGGGUAUUGUUCCUGAUUUGUUUAAAAUAUCUAGAAUUACCCCUAUUUACAAAUCGGGUGUCCUAACAGAUCCUAAUAACUAUAGGUCAAUUUCUAUUCUAUCCCCAUUCAGUAAAACUCUUGAACGUAUUGUCUACGAUCAACUGUUGCAUUUUCUUGAAAAAAACAAUAUUCUCUUUGAACAUCAGUUCGGCUUUCGGAAAGGGUAUUCUACUGAACAGGCUAUUCUUGAAAUUACUGAAAAUUUAAAUAACGCUAUUGAUAAUAAGUUGAUUACCUGUGGUUUAUUUUUAGAUUUCUCGAAAGCAUUUGAUACUGUUAAUCAUCAAAUUCUAGCUUCCAAAUUAAUGAAAUAUGGAAUUCGUGGGAAUCAAUUAUUAUGGUUUAAAAGCUAUUUAGAAAACAGAAGGCAAUACGUUAAAAUAGGGCAAACAGAAUCUGAGAUGCUUACUACGACCUGCGGUGUCCCGCAAGGUUCCACCCUAGGGCCACUAUUAUUUUUGCUUUAUAUAAAUGAUAUGCAUAAGUGCUCAAAAAAACUCUCUUUCCGCAUCUUUGCUGAUGAUACAAAUGUUUUCUUCUCCUCGAAAGAUGUUAGCGAACUGGAGACUGUUAUGAACGAGGAGUUUAAAUUAUUGUUAAAUUAUUGUAGUAUUAAUAAACUAUCAGUUAAUUUUAAGAAAACUCACUUCAUGAUUAUAACAUCAAAAAGAAAGAAUAUGCCUGUAAUAAAAAUUGCUAACGUCAAACAAAAAAGUUAUAUAAAGUACUUAGGAAUCUUCUUAGAUGAGCAUCUUAGUUGGGAGUAUCAAAUAAAACAUGUAAAUAAUAAAAUUGCUAAAAAUGCAGGUAUAAUAACUAAACUAAGAUACUAUCUUGAUCUCUCUAUGCUAAAGCAAAUCUAUUACACUCUUGUCUAUCCGUAUCUCAACUAUGGAAUUAUGAGCUGGGGGAAUACAUAUACAUCAAAGAUGAACAAGAUAAGAACAAAACAAAAUAAGGUUAUCAGAAGUGUAUUUUUUGCUCAUUCUAGGGAAAAUGUAACUUCGUAUUUUAAACUUCUUGGGAUUCUAAAAUUCGAUAAUAUAUUCAAAUUAAGAAUUGCUGAGUUUACCUAUAAACUUAUAAAUAUGAAAACAAAUGUUCCAAGAGCAUUCUCAUCCUUUGUUCUACAAGCUGCUAGUCAACAUACCUAUAACACUAGAUAUGCUAAUAAAAUGAAUCUUGUAAGACCAAAAGUAAGAACUAAUUAUGGAGUUCAUACUUUCAAAUUUAUUUCCUCAAAAAUAUGGGAAACUAUGGAUAUCGAUAUUAAAAAAUUAUCCUCAUUAAUUCUCUUCAAAAAAAGCUACAUGAAUUUAUUAUUACAUAAUCAGAAUUAAUUUUCAGUUUAUCAAUAUGUUCAGUGAAAUUUAGUUGCAAAUACUUAACCGAAUUGAAUUAUAACGUUAAAUGUUUCAGAGGCCGGCUCGAAAGCUAUGCUACUUCGGUCUCUGUACACUUCCUUUCUAUGUAUUCAUAUUUAAUUCUAUGUAUAUUCUCUAUCCAUCUGUAAAUCAAUUUGUAUAUUUUGUAUUUGUAUUAUCUUGAAAUAGUGUGAAAUAAAAGUUAUCAGUUGUAACAGCAGAGCAAAAACUUAUAAUUGCCGCUCAGCACAGCACAUGAUGUUGACUGCUUUAUAUAGCGAAAUUUCUUGGACAUUUCGCAUCAUUUUUGGUUCGAUUUUUGAAGUGCUCUCAUUUUUCUUCAUUUUUUGUUUCAUGGCUGAAACUUCAGUAAAUGUGUGAGGUUGGGUAGAUUUACAAUAUAUAUAAAAUCUUCGGAAAUUGAAGAAUUUUCAAUUUUUCAUAUCUGCCACACAUUUUGUGAUUUUUACACGCAAGCUCUCUUAAUCCGUUCAAUUUUUUUUUAAAUUAACUAGGCUCGUCAAAAUUGGACAUAGUAUUUGUCAUGGAUAAAUCGGGAAGCAUUGGCCCAAGCAAUUACGCCUUGGAGAAAAAAUUCGUUCAAAGUUGAUUGAAUUUUUCUGGAGGGGGGGGGGGUACACACCCAAAUCCCCCUUUGGGUAGGUCCUUGUGUAACAGAGUAGUGCUUAUUUCGUUGUAACAGUAAAUCGUAAUAAUUAUUAUAGAAGGAACAGUGUGAGAUAUAAAAUAAGCUAAUUUUAAAUUUACAUGUUACUAUUAUUAUUAUUAUUGAUGGUUUAUAAACACUUUUAUCGCAAAUAAGAUUUGAAUUACAAAGUGUUUACAAAUUUAAGAAAGUUAAAAAGAUGAAAUAUUUUACAUUGUGAAUAUGAGUAUUAAAAGUUAUGCUAAAAGUUAUUUUAAAAUGGAAAUAAGAAAACGAUUGGAGAGUUUUCUAUUUGUAACUACUUAUUUAUCUUUGCAAUUGUGCUUGGGAAGAAGCUGUUUUUGAAGCGUUCUGUUCUACCCUUGUAUAAUGAUAAGUCGUUUGAAUUCCUGGUGUUGUAUUGGUGAGCAGUUGCUCUGGUUUGCAAUACGUGUUCCUUUAGGGGACCAUGUUUAAUAAUUUUGCCCAAAGUUUUUAUGCAGAUUGUGUUUCGUCUAUUAUCUAAUCUUUCGCAACCCGCCAUCACCAAUGCUUCGUUGUAGGGAUGGCCAGGAAAUAUAAUACGCAUUACUCGUUUUUGUAGACUUUCCAAUUCAUCAGAAUGAUAUUGGGGCAACGAAUUGCUCCAAACUUCGCAACUAUAUUCCAAAAUCGAGCGAAUCAGGGCGGAAUAUAUUUUAAUGAGGUCAGCUGGUAGGAUACCGCUCCGUCGCAAAAUUCUGAGGAUGUGCAAGCGUUUGGAACCUUUCGCGAUUAUGGAUCGAAUAUGUUCGUCCCAUUUCAGAUUAUUUUGAAUGAUUAGGCCUAAUGCUUUGUGGGAUUGAACUAUUUCUAGUUCGCGUCCUGCGAUUGUUAAGGGUUGGAGUUCGACGGACCUUUUCAGGUAGCAUAUUCUAAGUUCCUUGCAUUUUAUUGGGUUAAGAAUCAUCCAAUUGUUGGAGCACCAUGAUUCGAUGAGGUUAAGGGUUGGUUAAGUAACUGACGAUAUAUUCCCAGUAAGGUGUUCGGAAACCGUGCUAUCAUCUACAAACUUUCACAUUUUUGUAUCAAGCGAGCUUAUCUUCAAAUCAUUAACCAUGACAAGGAAUAAAAUAGGGCCUAGUUUUGUUCCUUGGGGGAACCCAGCUGUCACGGGGAGCCAAUUAGAAAGUGAUCUACCAAUCUUUACUCGUUGUCUUCGGUUCGUUAGGAAAUUAAUUAUCCAUGGAAUAAGAGAUCUUCUAACACCCAGGUUGAUCAGUUUGCCGAUUCGAUCAAAGGCUUUCGAGAAGUCCAAAAAGCAGAUGCGAAUAUGUUUAUUCUGUGAAUCAAGGUGGGAUAAGCAAGUAUGGAUCAUGUCAAGGAGACAGUAAGUAGUCGAUAGACCUUUUAGGCAUUCGAAUUGACAAGGGUCAAUCCUCCCAUUUAGGUCAUCCAACAUCCGUCUGACCACGAAGUCUUCCAGGACUUUGGAUAGGCCUGGGGUAAGGGAUAUAGCCCUAGUGUCGCUUUCGCUCUCUGGUUGAUUGAUCUUUGGGAUUGGGAUGACGUUUGCUUCUUUCCAGAUUUUUGGAACGGCACUAGAAGAGAGUGAUUUGUUAAAAAUGAUAGCGAUUGGUUCUGCUAGAAUAAAAGCAAACUCUUUCAGAAUUCGGUUCGGGAUUUUGUCGGGACCUGUUGCUUUGUGGGUUUGAAGCGCACAGAGUUUGUUACAAACUUCAUAGGGUUGAAUAACAGGGAUGUCGUUUCUUGAGGGUAGUAACACCGGCAGGGAGUUAUUGUCGAGGGGUGGGAUAUCUGAAUUUACGGACACAUAGAAUUCGUUGAGGGCGGAUGCGAGACUUUCACCGUUCAAAAUUAUACCGUCGCGCUCCAGGGAAAAAGCUCUAAUUUUCUCAGGUUUUCCCGACAUUUUGUUUACCAUUUUCUACCAUUUACGGGUGUCGCUAGACUUUAAGUGGUUGACUUUAUUUCUGUAAAAUGACUUUUUCUUUUUCGUUAUUUCAAGUUGUACUUUAUUUUUCAGUAAUCGCCAAAGGGGGGUAUUGUUACUGUGGAAGGCUUUCUGGCGGUCUUUUAUAAGGUUCUUGAUUUCUGGUGUUAUCCAAGGUUUGUCGGUGAUAUGUUGUUUCAUUGUUCUAGGAGGGAAAAAACGAUCGAUUGCCCGGGCCAGUUGUGAUGUGAAGGAAGAUGCUAGAUCAUCCACCGUGGCGUUAGGAGCUGCUUCCUCGAACCAUUUACGCGUUGAGGUCCACCUUCCAAAGGCACCUAUGCUAGAUUGAGGAAACCGACCCAUCGUAUACUUGAUGUCUUUAGGUUCAGUACAAUGGCUAGAAUGAUUUGAAGAGGGGGCCGAUAGUACGAUAUUAUGGUCGAAUGGUCUAAGUGGUGGUAGGAGUUGUGGGGUUUGAUAAUACUUCGAUAAGUUGCUAAUGAUGAGGUCAAGGAUUGAUGAACCUCUAGUGGGGGCUUUGGCGACUUACUGCACAUGUUACUGUGUAUGUAUUAGUUUUUACUAUUUCUCGUAAAACGUGGUCAGUACUCGAGUACUCCCAUCACCCCCGCCCUCCGCUCUGCCAUUCUCUUCAUAGAGUCACUUGCCUCGUAUGUGACUUGAGCAAAAUAAUUAUAAUCAGACAACUGAAUAUUGCAAGACUGAAUUGAACCACGGUUGGAGAGAAAAAAUGAUGUGCCGACAAGAUCGCUUCUCGAUGUCCAAUUUUUUGUUUUGCAGACACAGGCAAGACCGGAUUAUCCAAACCAACUUUCUUUAGAGCAUGGAAAUCGUUCCAAAAAUCACAUCCAGGUAAUGAGAAUUAUUUGAAGAUGUUAACUUCAUUCUCGUACCAAGAGCCCUUCGUACGCACGAUGCGACGAGGGCUCUGGCCAAAUCCAUAACCGGAUACCAUCAAAACAUGGUAAUAGAAUAUAUCCUGUAUUAGAACAAUAACCUUCGUUGUAGCCAAUCAGAUGCCAGUUUGAUAUGGAUUUGGCCAGAGCCCCUCGUCGCGCUCCGUUGACCGCGCGUAAGAAGGGCUCUGGGUACGAGAAAAGCACUGCCUCUGAGAUUAGUCUGCUGUUUCUCCGCGGCUAGAGUGGAAGAGGGGGGCCGGGGAGAGGGGGCCGGGGAGAGGGGACCGGGAGGCUGGCGGCUGAGUCAGUCUGCUAUCGCAGACAAACGGCGGUGCGAAGAAAGAAAUUUUACGUUUGAGUGAGUAAAACAGUAUUGUUUUCAGUUUUCACCACGAGAAGGUAAAAUAAAUUUAAGAUAUGAAACUUCAAGUCAGCAUGUAAUUAACGUUCUUUUUAUUAUAUAGUCGUUAGUAAAAAUAACAAAGAAAAUGAAUACUUAAUCGAUAUCUUCAUUAGUGGAGAUCUAGUUAUGGAAAAUAUCUCACUGUGUAUUUUUUGGUGCCCGGCACUGUCUACUAUAUAGUCUAUAUAAUAAAUUAGGGUACGAGUGCUUUUGUUUCGAAUUAAGGAUACAAACAAUGAAGUGCAUAUGAAAAAGGUAUCUCUGUAAAAAGAUUUAUUAUAACAUUUAGAAAUUGUGCGGAAACCAUGUCAGGUCAGGGGGGAGAUCAUUAAUGAGGUAUGGACUAAUAGCGGCUGCUUAAAGCGCCAUCUUUACGCUCACAGUUUACCUCGACGGUCUGCUUAUCACGCCAGUUCCGGGCCUAAUAUAACCAGUCAGUGAAAAAAUCUGAUAUAGGGAGUGUGCUGUGCAAAUCUGUAACUAUAAUCUGUAACUCAAAAUUACCACAAGGUGUUGUGCAAGCACAACCGAUAAAAAGGAGUUACUGAGUAUUUCCGAUCGUGCACGAUCACAAUGUGGGCAAACAAUGGUUUAAGGUAUCCCCCCAUAUGUGUAAUUUUGCUUCAGGCUCGCUCGCUCCGCAGCCAAAAAGGUUGGGUGAAAUACAAUUGUCAUUUUCCCGAAAAUAAAGAAAAAUAUCCAACUCGAAGUUUAACUCGAAGUUUAACUCGAAUCCAACUCGAUAUUACCUAACUCCCGAAAAAUACAAAGGACUUUCCUUUAUGCUUCAAGAACUGUAACAAACCAAUGUAACAUAAUCAGAGAGUUUCAGUUGCAAUAUUAAAAUACAGUGAACAAUUGUCUCACUGCGUAACAGGGUCGACUUUUGUCAACGCUGCAUUAAAAUAGUGCGGGCUCGUGAGCUUUUUCCCUCGAAUUUUGCUUUUCGAUGUUUUUCUUACAAUUUCUAACGAUGUUGAAGUUUACAGCAUUGUGAUUCACUGGUUUUUUAAAGCAAUGGCGUAAUUUUUGUUGUAAGUUUUAUACUAAGGGAAAGUACAUUUAUUACACCGAGGGCGGGGGAUGAAGAUGUCUUGAAAAAAGCUCAUAUUUUUGCAGGACCCCUGUUGAGGUUAUCGGUAAAUUUCGAUGCCCCCCUCCAAGUUUUAAAAAUUUUCAAUGCCCCCCCCCCUCUAGAAAUCGGAAUCGAAGGAGUACAAUCCGGAAUUCUCUCUUAUCAUAGAUACAAUUUGCAGUUCCUGAAGAUGUCUGAUAUACUCAAGUGCUUCUCCUCAACAAAACUACCGAUCUGCUGCUUCUUUCAUCUCACUAGCGCCAGAUGAAAUGGCACCGUCUUUAAAACAUUUUAAAUUAGCUCGAGGGGUGGAAUUAUCAACAGGUUGUUGUUGUCCAUCAUUCAGCGUAUUCGGAGUCUUGAACACGUUCAUGUAGUGGCCAGGAUUUCCUGGAUCAGGGUAAUGUGCUGGAACCUUACAGUAUAUGUUACCCCCACCCAACGUAUCUCCCGGCAUCUGUUGCAAAUGUCUUUGCAUGCCUGUCAACAAUGCAUGCAAAAGUGCCAGUAUGCUUCAGUUUCUUUAAUUUCCAUCCCGUUUGUACGAAAUAUCCCAUAAACAUAGAACAUAUCAUUCUUGCAAAUUGUAUAUGCUUUUUUGCUUUUUGGCGCGUAAAUUACUUCACAAACCUGGCGCAAGAAAAUUUAAAAUAAGCUAUAGGUGAUUUCAUGUACCAUUUACAGAGCAGACUAAGGAUAUCUUAAAACUGAAAUCGGUUUCGAAUACAACCAUCAGAGACGUAGCACAGCAUCUGACGUUUGGGGUGGGGGGGGGGUGUCAGAGGAUUAUACGUGUAAUAAUUAUAAUAAAUUAAAGCUUUUUGUGAUUGAUUGGCACUCUUAUACUAAGUUUUGGGAGAAAAGGGCGCCCAGAAAAUUUUUACAUUUUCGAAGCUCUAGGACUGAAUUUCUAGCGUUUUCUAAAGCAAAUUUCGCAAACAAAUUGCAUGUAAAUUGACUGUAUUUUACAAAAAUGGUUAUCAUUUGACAAAAAUAAUUACUUUAUUACGCAAAUUUUACCUGAAACUGAUGUAAAAAUUUUAACUUUAAUUUGCUGGGGUCAAACCUUUGAAAAGUUUAGAGCCCCCCCCCUUAAGUAUAUCAAGAACUUUCAGAGCCCCCCCUUUAAUGCCAGAAAAUAUUUCGGAGCCCCCCUUAACAUCUUCAUCCCCCCCCCUCGGCAUAAUAAAUGUACUUUCCCUAACUCUCCAACAACCUAAUGACUGUUUUUAAAGCAAAGCAAUUGAAAGGAAAACUUAUAUUUUCACACGAAUAAAAUGAGUGGCGAUAUUUAUGUUGUACUGUUUUGAGCAGAUGGUUCGAAGAACAUUAUAUGAUCGGACCUUGUAUCUUAAAAGUGUACUUGGAACAGCCGAACAAAGUGGUAAAUUGUGUUACCCGAUGUGUUGGGCAUCAUAAUUCACGGGAACAGUACACAGUGGCGUUUGAACUGGCUAUGAAAUAUCGUGAAUACUCCGUCGAGUUCUCUACCGCCAUGUGACCUGUAGUUUAAUGUGGCACGCGUCUUUGAAAGGGCUUUAAUGACUUUAAUCGACGUGUAAGGUAUAACUUAGGUAAGCCAACAUUUCUUUGUAAUGCAAGCUACAUUUUCAUAUCUUUAAUGUGUGAAUAUUUUUAAUUUUGUAAAAAUAUAAACGCACUAUGUUGUUGGAGAAAGUAUCGAGUGCUUCAUAAUAACGCUCAGAUCUUGUAUACAGAUAUUUGUAUUUUAUUCAAAAUCUACCCUUUAUCACCACUUUUUUUAUUAUUUUAUGUUAAAGUAUACAUAAUCCUUGACUUAAAAACACGAUGAUCUACUCGAGGAAAAUUGGGCAAGGGGGCGAUCUUUGCAGAGAAACUUGACCGUUCGGUGAAAUUGGUAGUCCAGAGACCCUAUUUUCAUUGUAGUAUUUCGUGACAAUUGUUGCCCGAUUUCUAGUUUAUAUUGUAGAAUGGGUUGUUAGUGAAUUAUAUUAAUUGUCUAUCGUCUACAGAGUAGUAAUAAGCGCGAUUCCUUUUUGUUGACGGAUGUUGAAUUCAAUUUAGACUUUUGUUCAUAAACAACAACUACACUACCGAGUACUAAAUAACUGUUUGCAAAAAAAUUAGCCUAUAUCACCACAAAAAUUCAAGCUUAUCUUUAGAGUCCAAUAGUUUCUCCAUGGAUAAAAGUAGUUUUUAUUGAGUUAAAAAUAGAGCAAGUACGAGUUUACAGAAGGUCAAUUUGCACUUGUAUAUCUCACUUCGAAAAGGAUAUACAUAUUAAAAACAGGUAUAUUUGCACUGCGAAAUUAAACUGCUGCAACAAAGUUUUUAUUUCUACUUUUGCGUUCUUAUUCCAAAGCAAACACUUCUAGGUUGGAAAUGCCUAAAUUGUGAGCGUAGAAACACUAAACAAACAAGAAAACGACGUCACAACACGAGUAGUUUUGGCAAAUUUGAUGUUUGUUUCCAUAAUUUAGUCAUGCGGUUAACCCGCGCUCACGUGCACUCCACGAUUACGUUUCUCGCGCAUGCGUAGACAAAAGUCCACCCUGUUUCACGGCGUGCGUUUAUUUACAAUUUUGUUGAGAAAGUUACUUCCGGGUUUAUAACAGCGUAGGUUACAAAUGUCACAAAUCAAUUAUUAUUUUAUCUUACGCGUAGUAAACAAUCUAGGAACUACUUUUUCUCUACGUACUAGACCACGACAUAAUUUGUUGCAGGCAUUCUAGAGAAGAUCACGCUUACCAUCUUGUAUUCUUUUUCAGCUGAUUUUCCAUUCAACGACAACGUUUUUAUUUAUAUUUGUAUAGUAUUUGCAUAUCUGCAUGAUUGUGUUUUCCAUGAUGUAAAUUUGAGUUAAUUUAAAAAUGCAUGACCAAUAUUUAAGAAGUGAGGCGUGUGUUCUCUGGAGUGACGACUGCAGCAAAUACAGAAUCGUUUUGAAAUAAAAUUUAAGAAAUAAUAUUCACAGUGUUACGCUCCAGUUAAUACGAACUACUCAACGGGCAACGGACCAUUUGCAUUAAUAUUCCAAAGUUUCGUUGCAAUUUGUUGUAAAAUGCGGAUAAUAUAGCCAUGGGAAGUUUGCCGUUUUUCAGUCAUUUUGUAUUACGCACGGGAAAUUGACAGUCCAAAUCGGGUGUUGGGGCACCAAUUUCCCGUUUUGUAAUCUAAAAUGACUCAAAAUUGCAAACUUCGCAAAGCUAUGUGAUCCACAAUUUACAACAUUUCGCAACGAAACUUUGGAAUAUUACUAAUUUUGUGACGCUCUUUCAAGCUGUGAUGAAUUUUUUUUCUAGAUAAAAAUUUAGUCUACAAUGCAAAUGUCCAUUCCAGCUAUAACAGAUCAGAUAGACUAAAUUUUGAUCUAGGCAAGAAGAACAAAAUCCAUCUGGAAAGAGCAUGUUAAAAUUAUUAAAAUUGAAAAGUUUGGCCACGAAAUGUUGUAAAAUGAAGAAAAUAAUACCCUACGAAAUUUGCAAAUUUUGUACACCACAUUUGCUUGGGCGGAAAGUGGUGCAAAUUCCCGUGCGCACUCACAAAUUAAUACAAACUUUGCAAAUUUUGCAGGGCUAUAUUUUCCUCAUUUUACAACAUUUUGCAACGAAACUUUGUAAUUUUACUAAUUUUACCAUGCUCUUUCUAGCUGUGCUGAUGGAUUUUGUUUUUCUCGUCCAAAUCAAAAUUUAGUCUAUAGCUGCAAUUGCCCAUUAUGCUAAUAUGGUACAUGUUUAACUGCAAAUUUUGCCAAGACACAAAAGAAUCCCCAACAUUUGAAAUCGUCGUCGAAUGACUAAAUCCUAGCCCUAACAAAUUAUGCAUAUGUACAUUUAUAAAGAAAUAGGACCAUAUUUAAAUAGGUGAUCCACACGACGUACUUUGGCUAGUUUGGAAAACCCGGAAAUCAACGAUAUUUGAUCUACAAUAACCAAGUCAAUAAGUUUCGAUUUAUGGAGAAAAGAUAUCACGAGAAAGUUCCAUAUAGUCUAAAAACAUAUAUUGUAACAGCAGAGCAAAAACUUAUAAUUGCUGCUCAGCACAGCACAUGAUGUUGACUGCUUUUUAUAGCGAAAUUUCUUGGACAUUUCGCAUCAUUUUUGGUUCGAUUUUGGAAGUGCUCUAAUUUUUCUUCAUUUUUUGUUUCAUGGCUGAAACUUCAGUAAAUGUGUGAGGUUAGGUAUGUUUACAAUAUAUACAAAAUCUAGGGAAAUUGAAGAAUUUUCAGUUUUUCAUAUCUGCCACACAUUUUGUGAUUCUUACACGCAAGCUCUCUUAAUCCGUUCAAUCUUUUUUAAAUUAACUAUAGGCUCGUCAAAAUUGGACAUAGUAUUUGUCAUUGAUAGAUCGGGAAGCAUUGGCCCAAGCAAUGUCGCCUUGAAGAAAAAAUUUGUUCAAAAUUUGAUUGAAUUUUUCUGGAGGAGGGGGGGGGGGUACACACCCAAAUCCCCCUUUGGGUACGCCCUGGUGUAACAGAGUAGUGCUUAUUUCGUUGUAACAGUAAAUCGUGAUAAUUAUUAUAGAAGAAACAGUGUGAGAUAUAAAAUAAACAAACUUUAAAUGUACAUGUUACUGCACAUGUUACUAUGUAUUUAUUAUAUUUUACUAUUUCUUGUAAAACGUGGUCAAUACUCGAGUACUCCCAUCACCCCCGCCCCUCCGUUCUGCCAUUCUCUUCAUAGAGUCACUUUCCUCGUAUGUGACUUGAGGAAAAUAAUUAUAAUCAGACAACUGAAUAUUGGCAAGACUGAAUUGAACCACGCUUGGAGAGAAAAAAUGAUGUGCGGACAAGAUCGCUUUUUGAUGUCCAAUUUUUUGUUUUGCAGACACAAGCAAGACCGAAUUAUCCAAAAGAACUUUCCUUACAGCACGGAAAACGUUCCAAAAAUCACGUCCUACAGGUAAUGAGAAUGAUUUGAAGAUGUUAACUGACCACUUAAAUCGCCCAUAUGCAUACUUUUGACCGAUAACUGAGAAAAUACAUAAAUACCUUAACCUGACUACAGACACGAUGAGGAACAUGGCCCUUUACCCCCCUCGCUUUCUCACUCUGGCAGCACGACACUUUAAUCCGUCCAAUUUUUUUUAAAAUUAACUAGGCUCGUCAAAAUUGGACAUAGUAUUUGUCUUGGAUAAAUCGGGAAGCAUUCGCCCAAGUAAUUUCGACUUGGAGAAAAAAUUUGUUCAAAAGUUGAUUGAAUUUUUCCCAAUACUUCCCGCCAAGACUCGAGUAGCUGUGGUUACAUAUUCCACUCGGGUGAAACUGGAAUUCAACUUUAAUAAACAUAUCAAUAAGACGUGUUUACGAAACGGUAUUCAGAAGAUCAG